GGGCGAUGGCGCCCGCGCCGCCGAUGGCGAGAGUGCUGCGCGGACCCCGCGAGCCUGUGUGGGGCUGCCAGUGUGGGAAGAACAACAACUGGGCGUGCCGCAUCGUGUGCUCCUGCGGGCGGCAGGCGUCUCAGAAGGUCGUCAACGCCGCCAAGGAAGCGGACCAGGAGGCACGGGACAAGAAGCCUUCACAGAGGGCAGGCGGCACAGGGCUCGUGCGGAAGCCUGCCCCAUGGUCCAAGGAGUACGGCCUCACGGAGAAGCAGAUCCGCGAGCUGGUGCUGCAGUGCAUCUCCCAGCAGGCUGGCAGCCCCAAGUGGACCCCUGCGUCUACGUCACCAGCGUCUUCAGGAGUGGGAGCUGGCAGCAAGGAGCAGACGCAGCAGGGGCAGGGCAAUGUCCAGCAGCGCACGGAGCUCCAGGCGAAGAUCAAUUUCCACGAGAAGUGCAUCAAGGAGUGCAAGAUCGUGGAGGCAGAGGGCGGCCCAAUUCACCUCCUGCACCAGCGGGCUCUCGACGUCCUUCGGCAGCAGGCGCGUGAAUUGCGCCCCCCAGGCGCUGCAUGCAAGGCCUCGUCCCAGAAGCUCGCGAGGUGCAUGCAGCAGCUGGGCCGCUUCACCAGCGACCUGCAGGGCCUCGAGGCGCAGCUGGCGGCUACCCAGCGCAAGAUCCAGGACAAGCAGGAGGCCAUCGCUGCAAAGCAUGCUGAAGUGGAGGUCCUGCGCAAAGAGAAUGCAAAGCACGAGCAGACCAUGCAGGCCGCACGGGGUGAGAAGCCCAACCCAGUCAUCAAGGAGGAGGACUUGGUGGGUUUCGACCUCGCCGAGCAGCUCGACGACGGCGCAAAGGAGGCCCUCGAGCAAUUCAAGGCGAGCCCCCAUUUCGACAAGAUCCAGGCGGCCCUCCGCAAGCAGGCGGCAGAGAAGCUGGCUACAGCCAUGGCUGAGGAACCUGGUGCUCAUGCUCCUCAUGCUGAGGGCGGUGGCGCAGGAGCAGCCGACGGGCAGCCAGCUCGGGAUGACGAGGACAUGGACGAGGACGCUGACGGCGACGCCCAGCCUCGAGGAGGUGAUAAGCGCGGCGCCGCCUGGGUGGAGCUGGUCAAGGAUGACGUCGGCGCCCUCUGGCAGCAGCUCCUCAGCAGCGGGCAGCAGCCGCCUUCGGACUGGACCAAGGAGAAGCUGGACGACGCGUUCACGCAGGCACGCUGCCUGGGUAACCCGCCCUUGGUCAGCGGGCUACUGGCCGCCAGCGCGGGCGCAAAGCAGCUACAUGUGCCAGCAGCGGUCACUGUCACGCACACCUUCGAGACCUUCAACGCCAACCAGGGAAAGCUAACCCUCCAGAAGCGGCUGCGAAGGUCAACAGCUAUGGUCAUCAUGGCCCAGGAGAUCGGCUACGGCAUCGAUGACUGCGAGAGCCUCUCUUCAUGGGCAACGGCACGUGGCUGGCAAAGCCUCAUCGUGCCAGGGCUGCCCUCACGAGGGCAUCUCCCCUCUGCAGGCCUGGCAGUGUUUGCCAGGGAGGGGAUCGGGCUGCGCGGGCCCACGUACCCCGGCGACGCCCCGCCCAGACGUGCAUGCAGCGUCAACGAGACCAUCUCGCACGGCACCGAGCUAGUCCGCGGCAGGGCUCAACACGUCGUCGUGGAGCUGCCGAACUGGCCGCCGCUCAACGUCGUCAACGUCUACCUCCACACAGGGGAGGGCAUGAGCAGCCGCAACGCCAGCAUCCUCAUGACGGUGGGGAUCGCGCUCGCGGGCCAGAGGCACCCUGGCAUCAUCGGCGGCGACUGGAACAUGGACGUACAGGUUGUCAAGGACUCUGGUUUCCCCGUGCACGCGCAGCUGGAGAUGGUCACCCCGAGGCACGCGACUUGCAGAACAGCGGCAUCGGUCUCCACCAUCGACUACUUCGGGCUAACCACGGGCUCCAUGCGCAUGCUAGCAGCUUGCAAGGCCGACUUGACCUGGGCAGUAAAGCCGCAUCGACCAGUUCAGCUACAACUGACAGCGGAGGGCACCAAGCUCAGGUACCUCACCUACGUCGGAGGCGCGAAGAUACCAGCGCAGACUGUGCACGGCCCAUUCCUCGAGGAGAGCAGCUGGUCCCUGGAGCGCAGCUUUGCUGAGCAGGCGCUGAUUUUGGCCAAGGAGGCGCCCGCUGCUGUCGCCUGGCGCUUUCUCUCGAAGGCUUGGGGCCGAUGGGCGACCAGAGCGGCCUCGAGGCUCGGGCAUCUCACAGCUACGGAGAUGCGGGCCAGCGCCUACGCUCGCCCGCUUCAAGCCAAGUGGGUCGAGCGUGAGCACCAGGUCCUCACGGAGGAGGAAGUGCAGGCAAUCGCGGAUGGAUGGAAGUGGCCGCAGGAUUGCCUGGCGGGCCUCUCCACUGCGAAGGCGAAAGCCAGGACACCUGAAGGCCGACAGGUUCUCGACAACGAGGUGCAAGGCUUCCUCACUGGUGACUACUGUGGCCAGAACCUCAGCGCGCGGCUUGACGCAUCUGCGCGGCAAGCUCGGCAGCUAGCGCAGAGGAAUUUCAGCAGUGAGGACAUCAUGACUUUCUCGGAAGACAUUUAA